CCAAGUUCAAUGUUCCGAUAAUAAUCGUGGAACAACUAUCACCGCUUUAAGCACAUCAGUCUAUCUUUCGCAAAUAUGGCAACCUCCUCCUUCAUAUCGUCCUUUCGAGCAUUGCUACUCCGCACGGCACCAGCAACUCGACAAAUGUUGCGGACGCAGACCCAACAGCCUAUCCGCAGCAUAUCUCAGACAAUUCUCUCCCCGAAUCCCACUACGAAACUCCCGACGGCGAUAACAAAUGCGACAAAAGCUGCGCAAGCCAUCACACACCAACAGACAAGGGGAAUGAAGGUCCAUAGCUCAAUAAAAAAACGGUGCGAACAUUGCAAGGUUGUGAGAAGAAAGGCCGGCAAGCGACAUCGGGGCUACCUCUAUAUCAUCUGCAGCGCGAAUCCAAGACACAAGCAACGACAGGGAUAGUAUAGCGUCGGGCGUGGGUAAAUAAAAGAAAUAUGAUAGCAACGGAAGAUGGUUGUGGUAUCAAUAUAUACAUGCACA